AUGCUUAAUGGAAGCAUACCUCAGUCUUUCAGUAACCUGAAAUCCAUCGAUCAGGUUGAUCUUUCCCAAAACUACCUUGUUGGACAAAUUCCAGAGUUCUUUGCAAGCAUGAUUUUCUUACAGCAACUUGAUCUGUCCACCAACUACUUUGAAGGGCCGAUUCUGACAGGUGGCAUCUUUCGGAAUAAUAGUGCAGCAAUCUUGCAUGGUAACACACAUCUGUGUGAACGUGCAACCACCACCUUAUUUCAAUUCCCAAUCUGCAGCACUCCAUCAGCUGAUGAGAGCAAGAUAAAUGCACUCCUAUUGGUAAAAAUUAUUGCUCCAAUUGCUAUCGCGUUGCUCUCCUUCAUAUGCUUUGUGGCCACUCUUCUGAAGAGAAGGCAAGCACACAUUGCUCCGUGCUACAAGGAGACAAUGAAGAAGGUGUCUUAUGGUGACAUCAUUAAAGCUACCAAUUGGCUCUCUCCAGUUAACAAGAUCAGCUCAAGUCGUACCAGUUCGAUUUUCAUUGGGAGAUUUGAGUUUGACACUGACCUGGUUGCUAUCAAGUUAUUCCAUCUCGAGGAGAAUGGUGCGCGCAACAGUUUCCUUACUGAGUGUGAAGUGCUACGGAACACCCGGCAUCGCAACAUUGUUAAAGCUGUUACCGUAUGCUCGACAGUGGACUUGGAGAACAAUGAAUUCAAAGCUAUAGUUUUUGACUUCAUGGCCAACGGAAGCUUGGACAUGUGGGUGCACCCAAAGCUUCACCAAAAUAGCCCCAAAAGACUACUGACUUUGGGCCAGAGGUUGAGAAUAGCAGCGGAUGUGGCCUUGGCUUUGGAUUAUAUGCACAACCAGUUGACGCCUCCUCUAAUCCACUGCGAUUUGAAGCCAGGAAAUGUUCUUCUGGACUAUGACAUGACUGCAAGAGUUGGUGAUGUUGGGUCAGCGAGAUUUCUCUCUUCAAGUCCUGGUAGUCCAGAAGACUUGGUUGGUGUGGAAGGAACAAUUGGAUACAUCGCACCUGAGUAUGGUAUGGGAUACAAAGUGUCAACAGGAUGCGAUGUCUAUGGUUUCGGAGUCUUGCUUCUAGAAAUGCUCACCGGAAGGCGACCGACAGAUGCGAUGUUCACCGACGGCAUGAGCCUUCACAAGCUUGUGAGUUCAGCAUUUCCAGGCCACAUGAUAUCUCGAUGGCUCCGGUUACUGAAAAUGAUGCCUGGAAAGAGCAGAUGUUCCCUCUCUCAGAAUAAAGGAGUAGAUGUUGAGUACUGGAGCUUCCUAUCAAGGUAG